CUCAUACAUUCAUCACUCUUCUCCGUCACCACACCGCCGGCCUGGCCUUACCUCCGGCCUUAUCUCCCACGCAAACCACACACAAACUGCCUACCUACCUAGGUAGCCUACCUUCGCUUUUCACAAAUCAAGGGCGUUUCCAUCCAUCAUUCCACCAAAUCGUAUCUGUCGAACUCGCACAACUCGCGGCAUCCAUCAUGAAGCCUACCCGUGGCACGACAUUCACUCCCUCCGCACCGCUCUCCGCUCUGCGCGUGUUCCGCCGGCACCCGAUCCUGACCGCCACCGGCGUGUUCGUCGCCAGCGCCUGCCUCGGCUUCCGACACAUGGCGGCGCGGUACCGCGCGAACCAGGAGAAGUACGCCAGCGACCCGGACAACCACUGUUUCGUCCCUGUCGAGCGCAGCGGCGGGGGCAUCUGAGUCUCUCUUUUUCCAUGGUUCCUUCCGGCCGGGCCGUCUUUCUGUUUUGACAAUUAUUGCGCGAGUUGGAGUGCUAUGAUGAUGACGCAGCUGCUACCUGGGGGUUUGUUUUGUUGAGGGUGGACACGGAUUUCCCAAGGCAUGGGUCUAUGCACGAUUAUGAUACCAAACGGCUGUGUUCCUUGGGCGGAGAACUGGGGUCAGA